AUGACCUGCUCCUCUACGAGUGGGGGAAGUUUGGGCGGCCGGCAACUCCUCCGUUUUCUGACUCCGGCCCUGUUGCUUUCCAUGGGGAACAUCUGGAUAGUCACCGACCUUCACGCAUCCUCCGCGGUCACGAAUUCCACUGCUCACCAAGUCGAGGAAUAUCUCUGGCUACCAUCGUUGAUACCAGAGCCGCUAGCACAACCAACCGACGCAACCCACCACUUUCCUCGGGAACCCAGACCACGGCCUCCCCUCGAAUCCAUCGUCCAAGGCUGGAAUGUUUCCGGCGACGCUUCCUGGUUGCUGAACGUCGCUGUCAUUGGAUUUCCCAAAUGCGGCACCAGUACGCUCAUGCAGCAUCUCGAAUCUCAUCCGGAGGUGCAAAUGUUUACCAAGGAACGGUGUGAAUUAAGCGGCCGGCAAGAAGCCACCUUGAUCAGGGAUCUAUACCGACAAAUGCCUGCCGGAGAUUUCGUGCGCGGAAUCAAAUGCCCCUUGGAUAUCGACAGUACUACCAUGUUUCUGCCAGCCUACCAGAAAUACUUUCCCAAGGCUCACUUCAUUGUGGGUGUCCGACAUCCCGUGCUGUGGUUCGAGUCAUUUUAUAAUUUCCGUGUACACAACGGGUUCCCCAUGCCCCCGGCCAACAAAUGCAUCGGGGCAUGCUCCAAAGGCGUCUUCAACGCGUGUACGGAUAGAUCCAACUUUCAUUUCUUUCUGGGAAAUUUAGGUAAGACAAACACAAGCGAUCCGGAAGAGAUCAAACUAAUCCCACCGCGGUGGCGCCGGAAACGUACGGUUGUGGACCUUCCCCAAAAAGUCUUUCUGUACGAACUGUCGCAACUGAGUGAUACAAAUGAAACACGAGAAGAAUGGUUUCUGCGCGAUCUCCAAAACUUUUUGCACUUGCGACAGGCCAUACCGCCCAUGAUUUGGAUUCGACCGGGUAAGAAUCUGACGACCGACUUGAAAGAACAGCGAGAUGCCAGGAAAAUUGAUAUUUGCGACACGGGACACAAUGUGCUCAGACACAGACUAAUGGAGAAUAGCCUCGCCGCUUCGGAAUGGAUAGAACGAUAUUUUAUGAAAGCCAAAGAUGUUGUCGUUUCAAACACCAACCAUUUUCAUGAGCUGAUGGAAAGAUGGAAGGCGGACCCUUGCGUUGAACGCCGAGCGAAUAGAAUUGGAAGCGAGUGAAUUCCGUGCAGACGUUGGUUAUGAUUCAGAUACCCACGUUGCCUGCCCUGGAACGCGGGAAAUAAGCUCCUCUUUGGAUUCAUCAAUGAAAGGUAAAACAAGGUGCUGUAGCUUGGACUGUUGCACUGCUAUCGACUUGAGAUCAUGCUGAUCUUCGGUCUAUACGUCC